UAUCCCCCCACACUCAGGCACCCGUCUCCUCUGCUCUUCUCUGCCCCGCCAUCCUCUUCCGUCCGUGCACUUUCGCUUUCAUGCACACCCUACCCGUCGCCUGACCUCUUCCGUCCGGUCCGCCUAUAUCUACCCCGGACUUUCCUCUAUCCCUCCUCUAUCCUCCUCUCCCUCAUCCCCCAUCAACUCCUCCCUCUCCACCAUGUCGGGCAUCAACUUCAGAAUCUACGUCACAGCAUUCACCGCCUGCGUCGGCGGCCUGCUCUUUGGCUACGACACCGGCUUCAUCGGCUCCGCCGUCCAAAUGGAGUCCUUCCAGCGCGACUACGACAUGAACGCAAGCAACAAAGCCAACGUCAAGUCAAACGUCGUCGCCACCCUCCAAGCCGGCUGCUUCUUCGGCACGAUCGGCAUGUGCUUCAUCACCGGCUCCUUUGGCAGAAAGAAAGGCAUGGCCGUCUGCGCCCUCAUCUUCUGCAUCGGCGCUAUCCUCCAAUUCAUCGUCGUCGGCAACCGCGCCUUGCUCUACACCGGCCGCGCCAUCUCCGGCCUCGGCGUCGGCGGCGCGUCCAUGAUCACGCCUACCUACCUCUCUGAAGUCUCCCCGCGCGAAAUCCGCGGUAAGCUCGGCACCGCAUACGGCUGCUCCAUCUUCUUCGGCAUCCUCAUCUCCUACUGGAUCGACUACGGCUGCGAGCGCGGCCUCGACCCCAACGGCCACAACCAGUGGCGUGUACCCAUGGCCCUCCAGCUCGUCCCUGGUGCCCUCCUCCUCUUUGGCUCGUUCGUUCUUAAAGAGUCCCCCCGAUGGCUCAUCAAAGCCGGUCGCCGCGAGGAAGGUCUCGCGAGUUUGUCCUAUGUUCGCAAGGCAUCUCCAGAAGACCCCGUCCUGCAGCAGGAGUUCCAGGACAUCUGCUUCUCGAUCGAGCAGGAGAUGGCCGAAUCUGAGGGCGCCUCGAUUAAAGAGCUCUGGGAGCCAAAGUACCGCAUCCGCGUGCUCAUCGGCUUUACCGUCAUGGUCUGCCAGCAGUUUGGCGGCACAAACGCGCUCACCUACUACGCCCCCCUGCUGUUUGAGGAGGUUGGUCUUAGUGGCACGUCCUCCUCGCUGUUCGCGACCGGUAUCUACGGCAUCGUCAAGACCGUCUGCUCGCUCAUCUUUAUGUUUGUCUUUGCCGAGCGCCUCGGUCGUCGCCUGCCUCUCUUCAUGGGCGCCUGCGGCAUGUUUGUCUGCUUCCUCAUCGUCGCCCUCGUCCUCGCCACCUGCCCCGUCGACCCCAACGCCGCCUCGAUCUCGUCCGCAUCAGUUGCGAUGAUGGUCUUCAUCUACCUCUUCUGCGUCUGCUACGCCAUGUCCUGGGGCCCCAUCCCCUUCACCUACGUCUCCGAGAUCUACCCGACCCGCAUCCGCGACUACUGCGUCGCCAUGGGCCUCGCCACGCAAUGGGCCUUCAACUACGUCAUCUCCCGCAUCGUGCCGAUCGCAAUGGACUCCAUCGGCUGGCGCACUUUCCUCAUGUUUGCCAUCUUCAACGCCGCGAUCGCCAUCUUCGUCUUCCUCGUCGUGCGCGAAACCCGCGGCGUCGCGCUCGAGCAGAUGGACGAUAUCUUCUCGACCGGCUUGCUCAUGAAGCCUAGUCAGUGGAAUCUCAACAUGCCAAAGUCGACUGCGGUUAUUGAUGAGGAACUCGAGAUGGAGCUCGGGCGCGAGCGGGACGCGAAGAUUGAUGCUGGCGCGCAUCUUGAGACUGUGAAGGUCGAUACGCGCAAGGAUUGAUUGUUUUAGUUGUAUAGCUGUAUCUUGUAUUUUAAGGUGUUUUUUCUUUUUCGUUCAUCUGUUUUGGUUAAAAUUUCAUUUGUAUAUUUUAUAGUCUUCAUGUGGUUUGGGAAUCAAUUUCAUUAUCAUCAUCUA